GUGUUCGACCCUUCAGAGCUCGAGACACAGCUGCAAAUGUUGGAGAGCCCUCUGAAGACAGUGACAAGCCAGAACAACAGGCAGGCGGACAAGGCCUUGCGGCCUCCGAUCCAAGCUGUCUCCCCGGAGCUGCCAAAUGAUUUGUUGCCUGGCAUCAAGUCACAAAUCGAAGAGAAUCUCAAGGAGCCGCUGGACAUAGUCCAGGCUCAGAAGCAG